CCGCCAUUCCGCUUCCGUUUAUUUUCCGCACCCCCCCGUCAAUAACAAUCCCAACCUUUGCCCAAUUGCGACAGGGUAACCCUCACAACAUCAACCCACUCUUGCGCACCUGGACCUCUUUUCGCUAUCGCACAAAAUUAACAACGCGUCUUUGCAAACAAUUCAGCUUGCAACAUCCUCGAUAUCACCAAUUGUCCCCAUUCCAGCUCUCAGUACUGCUUGGAAUCAUCCUCGAAAAAGAACCCAACCACCAAAAAUCUCCUGACAGACUCACUUCACAUCAUGCCUCCCAAGAGAGCCGCCGCGACGCAGACCGCGAAGGAGAACGCGCCUGCCGCCAAAACAGCAACCAAGAAGACGAAGACCACUACUACUGUCACCAAGAAGACGACCGCGAAGGUUGCUAAGAAGGACGAGGAGGAGCCCAAGGCCGCGCCCAAAGCCGCCGCCACCAAGAAGACUGCUGCGCCCAAGGCUGCCGCGAAGAAGGCCGCUGCUCCCAAGAAGACUGCUGCUCCCAAGGCUGCCGCGAAGAAGGCUCCUGCGCCCAAAAAGGCUGCUGGCCCUAAGAAGACUGCUGCAGUUAAGAAGGCUGCCGCCGCCAAGGAGGAUUCUGAUAAGGAAAACAGCGUCGCCGGCGCCAAGCGCAAGCGCGAGGAGGACGAGGAGGAAGAGGAGCAAGAGGAGCUUGCCGAUGAGAAGCAGGUCAACGGCACUCGCCCCAUGGUUAAGAGAGCCAAGACCGACGAAGAUGAAGCCGCGAAGCCCGCGCCCAAGAAGGCCAAGGCCGCCCCGAAGCCCAAGCCCGAACCCAAGAAGAAGCCUUUGGGCAAGGUGAUCAACGAGGCGCCCACCAAAGUGAUGGACAUCUUUGUCUUUGGUGAAGGCACCUCGGGAGAGCUCGGUCUCGGCAGCCUGAAGUACGACGGAAAGAAGCCCAUUGACGUCAAGCGUCCGCGCAUCAACCACAACCUUAGCGGCAUCGUUCAGGUCGCUUGCGGCGGCAUGCACGUCGCUGCGCUCACCAAGGACAACAAGAUCCUCACUUGGGGCGUCAACGACCAGGGCGCUCUCGGCCGCGAUACGACUUGGGACGGUGGUCUGCGCGACGCCGAUGCGGAAUCUGACUCCGAGGAUGAGGACGACACUGGUCUCAACCCCAAGGAGAGCACGCCUGGCGAGAUUGACACCACGGACGUUCCCGAGGGUACCGUCUGGGUUCAAGUUGUCGCCAGCGACAGCGCUACCUUUGCCUUGACCGCUACUGGUCAAGUUUACGGAUGGGGUACUUUCAGGUCAAACGAAGGCAUUCUCGGCUUCACCAGAAAUGUGCUGAUUCAGAAGACGCCUGCCCUCAUCACCCAACUCAGCAAGAUCAAGCAGCUCGCCGUCGGCUCCAACCACGUUCUCGCCCUCGACGAGAAGAACAAGGUCUUCGCCUGGGGCGCCGGCCAGCAAGCCCAACUUGCGCGCCGCCUGCUCGAGCGCGACGAGAACGGCGCCCUUUUCCCCGCCAGCAUCGGCACGCUUCCCGGACGCGCCAAGGCUGCCAAACUCGCCUGCGGCUCAUAUCACUGCUUCAUCAUCGACACCAAGGGCCGGGUGAUUGGCUGGGGUCUCAACAACUACGCGGAGCUGGGCAUCGAGGCCGAGGCCGGCACCGAUGGCGGCUUCAUCCUCAAGCCGCAGCUGGUGGAUUCGCUCAAGGAGCACAGCAUUGUCGACAUUGCCGGUGGCGAGCACCACUCGCUCGCGACCAACGACAAGGGCGAGCUGCUGACGUGGGGCCGCAUCGAUGGGCACCAAGUCGGCCACCCGUCGGGUUCGUUUACUGAGGAGAACACCAUCUUCGACGAGAAGGACAAGCCCAGAAUCUUGGUCCAGCCUGCCGUCGUGCCAGGUAUCGAGGGCAAGAUUGUCCAUGUUGCCGCCGGCACCGAUCACAGCUUCGCCAUCACCGAGGACGGCAAGGUCUACUCGUGGGGCUUCUCGGCCAACUACCAGACCGGCCAGGGAACGACGGACGAUAUCGAGACGCCUACGCUGAUCGACAACUCGGCGAUUCGCGAUCGCAAGAUCAUCUUUGCUGGCGCUGGUGGUCAGUACUCUAUUCUUGGCGCUGAGCCCAAGAAAUGAGGGGGAAAAAAAAAAAAAAGAGUCAAGGAUAACGCCAGACAGACGAUGAACACGUGAAGGAAUGGGUUGAGUUGGGAAGUGUAAGGAGACACCAGACAAAGAGAGCGAAAAGCUUGAAAGAGGUGGGAAGAAAGAAACGACGUUUUGUCUUGCUGAGCAACAAUGGUCCCAGUCACGGACAGAAUAUUUUGUUCAUUUUUUUUUUUCACAACCGUUCGGUUUCACUGGUCACUGGCUUUGGCACUGGCCUUGGUUCAAGGUCUUCUGGUCUGGUCACAAACUCAUCAAAAAGCAAGCGGUCCGGAGCAAUUUGUUGGUCGUUGUUUGGUUUGCCUGUGUGGCAAGGAGAGAUUAGGGGUGUGUUGGUGUUCAGUUGCUAUUAUAAACUGCUCAAGGGCGUUCCGGUGUGGGAGGGAG